UUAAUCAUUUUUUUUCUUUAGUGCGUACGUGCAGUAAAUAGCAAUCCUGCUGUUGAGUGUUGCGGUUUGCCUAUCCAAUAUUAUAUUUACCACAGCUACAUCGGUAUGUACCAUUGCCGUGUACGCGAGUGAUCAAUGUUUUCUCUUUCAUUUAGGUCGAACCAUCAACAUUUACGACGAAUCGAGUGUCAUUCUCGCCAUACAGAAAUUUCAUUCGUCUCGAGAAAAUGGUUCUAUGAUGGGAACCGACAGGAAUAAAAUCCCGAGCCGAAACCAUUGAGUCACCAAUGUUCUAAUGUCUCAGCGCAGCGACUAUGUCGACCUGUGUCGCAACAUCAUUCGCGACAUGGAUCUGUACGGAGUGUGUGUUUUGGACAAUUUUCUGGGCUACGAGCGCGGCAUGACUGUAUUGGACGAAGUAUUGAAUUUGUACAACAUGGGAGUGUUCAAAGACGGCCAGUUGGUUCGAAACAAAGCCAACAAUAAUCUGAAAACAAUACGAGGCGACCAAAUAAUAUGGGUCGAUGGACGUGAGGACUGUUGCAAAAAUAUCGGACAGUUAAUCAGCGAUGUGGACGCCGUAGUUAUGGGAUCGAAUCAAAUGAGCGAUAAUGGCAAGUUAGGAAAUUAUACUAUCAACGGUAGGACCAAAGCUAUGGUUGCAUGUUAUCCGGGACAUGGGUCUCAUUAUGUAAAACACGUAGACAACCCAAACAGAGAUGGACGUUGUAUUACAGCAAUAUAUUACUUAAAUAAAGACUGGGAUAUUAAAGAAAAUGGAGGUUUAUUGAGGAUAUUUCCAGAGGGUUGGAGUGAUCAAGUUGCCGAUAUUGAGCCGCUCUUUGAUCGUAUAUUAUUUUUCUGGUCAGACCGGAGGAAUCCUCAUGAAGUGCAGCCAGCCUUUAAAACUAGGUACGCAAUAACGCUUUGGUAUUUCGACGGUAACGAGAAAGAAGAAGCAGGAAGGGGAUUCCGUAAUCCAAGUCAAUCGAGUAUAGGCAAUUUAAAUGUGCAUUCAUCACAAUCCUGAGAAUACCAACAAAUAUAUCAUCAAUUGAACUCUUGAAACUCUGUAUCGAUCUUGUUUAAGCGUAUUUAUUACACCUCAAAGGUCUGCUGCUUGUAGGAAUCAUAUAUUAACAUAGGAUUAAUAUUUUAAUAAUAUGUGAUUCAGCCAAGUUAAUUCCUAAAUAAUAUUGAUUUUAGAUAGUUCUUUUUAUAUAAUGUGUAUGUAUAUAUUAUAUAUAUAUAUUUUUUUUUUAAAGUCAGUUG